AUGAUACGUGGAGCGGUUAUAUUUGCUACGGGAUUUUAUGCCGGUGUUCUUUUCCAAAGCAAAUACAAAAUUGAAGAAGUUGCAACUCCCUCUGAACUACUGGAGAAAUCAACGGCCCUUUCAAAGGAGAUUCUAGAGAAAUUUGAUCAAAAAAAGAAUUCUCUAGCCAAUCCUCCUUUGCUAACUGACACAAAUAUGGAUGGUGAGGCAGACAUGAUAAUUGCAUCUGUAGAUGGAACUGUUCAUGCAUGUGCUUCUUCUCAAUCUCAUUCGGAUAUCUGGCCCAGCCAACCAUCCAGCUGGCCGUUUCUUGUACACGGAGAGAAUUUCGUUUCAUCUCCUAUUGUGGUACAUCUCGACGAGAGAGGCUACAGUUUGAUCGUGGUAAUCAGUGUGCGAGGUGUAAUGUACGUGUUGGAUUCAGACGGUACACCGUUGAUCCAAUUGCCGAUACCGGAUUUGAUUCUUGACUACGACAAACCGAAUUGGCCUGAUUUGUUCACUGCGGAUCUACCUGCCCGUUUGGUUAAACGUUUGCGUUGGUCGGAGAGCACCGGUCAUGAUUCAGUAAGCAGUGUACUCAUUUCCACUUAG